GCACUGCAUGCACUGUGUUACCAGAAAAUGAGCACUCGUUUGACUUUGAACUUUUGUUUCGAUUCGUCAUUUUGUUACAAUCACCAAUCGUCACAGAGAUCAAUUUCUAACGUUAGAUCUGAUCAACUAAACCCAUUUUCUUCGACCAUUGCAAUGGCGACUAGAUUAAAUGACUUAAAACGAUUGUGAUUUGACGAUAUUCUGAGCUGGAACUGUUGUGACUUGUGAGUGUUAGCAGUUAGAGCCCGCCUCCGCCAGAGCUACGGGGAGACGAGGAUGCUACCACUCUGCGAUAUUCCGGUACUGACUACUACCUCAUGCUUCUUGUGCUGGUGAACUCUAUUCCUAGCAGUGGCAUUUUGUACAAUGUCAUUAGCUGAGACGUUAUGCAAGUGAUCUUUGAAGAUGGUUGGAAUAUUGUCUGAAUCUUGGAUCAUGCCUUUCUUAAAAAUUUGAGUUUCUUCACAUGAUCAACUAAAGAAUCCUUCAUUUGACUCGGGACUGAUGACAGUUAUUGUCAAGACAAGGAAUGGAUGUGUCAACAGUCUUGCUUACAAUCUUGAUACCUCUGCUAGCAUGCAGUGUGUACUACUGCCUUCAUCUUAAGCAACAGCUUGCCGCCUUUGUGACUACAACUGAAGAGUUUAGUGACACCAGUCCUCUAACCAGUCAAGAAAGAAACAAUGCCAACAGUUCCCAGAAUUGGGUGGCAUAUCUUGAAGAUUGGGGCAGCAGUGGCUGGUGUCACGGUACAACUAAUGUUGACAGGCGUUGCAUUUUCCACAAUCUUUGCUACCACUCCGAAUACAAUGAGUUUGUUUUCCUGCAUGCUCCACACUCCAUUAGUGCAGGGAUCCCGGAUGAUCGCCAGCAGCCAGCUCUUGCUGAUCUAUCUUCUGUACCAGAUCAUAACACCCAGUACUUUGGUUAUGUGGAUGUUCCAAGUUCUGCUGUGCAAUCAAUGAAGAAUAUCUCUUAUCAGGAAGGAAAGUACCUGCUUUUCAAUCGUUUCAACACCGGUAAUCUUAUGCACGUGUUUCAUGAUGAUCUCUUACCUGUCUUUUACACUCAGCUUCAGCUGGGUCUUCUCAAUAUGCGAUCUGAUAUAAAAGAUGCAACGCUACUCAUCAAUGACGGCCAGGAAGAAGGGCCCUAUUUUCAUCUUUAUAAGCACAUUUCAAAAGAGAUGCCUAUUCUUACUCAUCAAUUAUCUCAAGAUGAUUCAUCAGGUUUGACCUGUUUUGAAGAAGUGCAUGUAGGACUCAGCAAGUUGACCACCUGGUAUCAAUAUGGUUUUGAUGUCCCUCAAGGUCCUCUGAAAGACAUUGCUGUCACCUCUAAAGAAAUCAGAUUGUUUACAUCCUUUUACAAAUCCAAAUUAAACACCCCUACUUGUGAAUCCCAAACAGAAACUGAAAUUGAGAAUAUGUUUGUUAUUCUGUCGAGGAGAAGUAAUAGGCUCAUUCUGAAUGAAGUGGAAUUAAGUUUAGCACUGGCACAACAUUUUGACGCACUUGUCGUUGUAGCAAGUUUAGAGACGCAUUCCUUAUCAGAACUUAUAGGAUUGAUAUCUUGCUCUAAAGGUUUAAUUGGUGUCCAUGGAUCCUUGCUCUCAAUGUCCAUCUUCCUUCCUCCAGGUUCGAUAUUAGUUGAGAUCUUUCCUUAUGCAGUGAAUCCAGACAACUACACACCUUACAGGACAUUGGCUCACCUAAAGGGAAUGAACAUCAUUUACCAAACAUGGAGAAACAUUCUUGAGAAUAACACAGUCACGUACCCUGAUGCAGAGCCGGACCUCGGAGGCAUCAUGCACCUAGAGUCAGAAAUCCGGGAUCAGAUCUUAGAAAGUUCAGAGGUUCCUCCUCACCUAUGUUGCAAUGAUCCGGCAUGGUUGUUUAGGAUCUAUCAGGACACCAUAGUCGAUAUCAACAGUUUUGUGGAAUCAGUCAGAGAUGCUCUUCAAAAAUCUGAUGAAAGAGAUGUCAAGGAGGAGAUUAGGAAAGUACCCUUCCAGCCUGGAGCUGUCCUUGAGCUUUCCUGCUCCACUAUUCCUCUUUCAUCUGGGAGUGCAUCAAGUGAUGAUGAUGAUUAUGGAGUUGGCCUUCUGUUGUCAUGGAAACCACCUUGGAACAUUCCUUUCAUUCAGAAGACUACAAAAGCUGGUUACCCCAUCACAGUGGAAUACGAGGUGAUGAUUCAAGAACAGGGGAUGGGUGACUUAUAUGCAGGGGCGUUUAGAUUGUCCAUGACCUCUCAUUUAUUCAAAGGAAAUUUCAAGAAUAGUCAUGUGUACUUCGCAUGGGUGAGAUGUAUAGCAGGCGAUAUGGCUGGGCCGUAUGUAGCAAUCACCUCUUGUCCUUACAUUGAGAACUGAAAAGUCAAUUACUUUCCACUACGUUCACUCAUAAAACAUUGAUGGAAAGAAAAUGAAAGAUAUCAGUUUUGUGCAAUAUUUUGACCAGUACCCGUUUGACUAUACAUGCUUCAUUAAAUAAUAUCCUCAUGUUAGAUUGAGUGUCAAGAAAUUAAAGGAUGCUUUGGAUACCCAGCUCGAUUGGCUUUGGAGAAAAUUUUAGGAUUGUCAAAAUUAGAAUUAUUUUAUUUUGGAUGUUAUUAGAAAGCUCAUUACCUAGUUUCUUUUUUCCUCUGGAAUAAAAUUAACUAUCAGCGAACUAUCCAUAUCAUCUUAAGAAUAUAUUUACAGGUCCAGAAGAUACCUCAAUUUCAAUGUGGAAAUAAAUGAAUUAAUACACGAAUAUUACAAAAAUAAAUUACUUGAUUGUUACGGCUUAAUAUUCCUGUGUCUGAUCAAUCUGAUUUGUUGGAUAUCAGUAUUUUAGAAUUCAAUUUAUAAAAUUGUAGCACCUUAUUCUCAUCCAUGAUGAGAAACAAAGGGGCUGUUUCAGAAAGAGGUACAUUCAUUUGCAAUUAAAAAGAUCAUGCACAAUUCUGAAAUAUGCAUGGUUGAAAGUAAAGUUGCAUUUGAUUUCUGGAGCUGAUUUGAUUGCAACACUUAUUGCAACAGGGUUCAGAAUAAUUGUUUUAUAAAAUGAUUUUCAUAAUGAAUUAAUUGUGCAUGAUUGAACUUUUUCUUCAUUGUAUUUGUGGUUUAAAAAAGCAAAUGGCUUUAAUCAUUAACUUUUAGGGGAAAAAAAAAACAUCUGAGAAGUGAUAAUGAAAAGAUAUUAUUAGAGAAUUUAGAGUACAACUUUCCAAAGAUACUUUGAUUAGGUGUCGUAGACGAUGAAUCUCUGAGCACUAUUAAAGAAGUAGUGCAAAAUCACCACUUCAUAUAUAGGCACAUUUUAGGAUGUGCCUAGAAAGAAGUGCUUUACAAAUGUUGCUUAUAACAAUUUUAUAUUUGUGUGUUUAAAAUGAUAAUAUUCAGUAUCUUUGAUAGUAGAUUCUUGAAUGAAAAAAAAGUAGAAAAAGGGUAUCCAGGAUGAACACCAACCCCCUCCAUUUUUUUCCCUAAUCUUUUAAUUUCCACAUGUAUCAAGCUGCAAGUGAUUCAGUUGCAAAGUUUUUUUUCAAAGCAGUUUGUGUUUAGUGAUGUAUGGUCCCUAAAAGCAUAAGGUAUGAUUGAAAUGCUAAUGCAAAAUUCAUAUUUAUUAAGUUUUGAUUUUGAUUGUCACUGAUCUACAUAUUUUCUC